AUGGUGUACGAUUUAAACGGUAAGGUAGUUUUGAUAACAGGAGGUGCUGAAGGGAUCGGCGCGGGCGUGGUGCGAUGUUUGCUCGAAGAAAACGUACAGCACGUUGCAAUUUUGGAUGUCGCAGUAGAUUUAGGAACAGCUUUACAAAAUGAUUUGAAUAACAAAUACGGUAAAAAUAAAGUAAAAUUUUUCAAAUGCGACGUGACUAAUGAGGAUGAGUUGUUUGGAGCCUUUGCAGCUACCCGGGACGCACACGGAUAUAUAGAUGUGGUCAUUAACAAUGCCGCUAUAAUGAACGACACUCAGCGUUGUUAUAAAAAAGAAAUAGAAAUUAAUUUUACUGCUUUAGUUACUAGCACUUUAAAGGCUCUUGAGCUGAUGCGGAAAGACAAGGACGGCAAAGGCGGCGCUAUCAUAAACAUGUCAUCUGUGGCAGCCUUGGAACAGUCUCCAAUGUUACCCAUUUAUUACGGAACAAAGAGUGCUGUACUUCAGUUUAGUUGCUGUCUUGGUUUGCCAGAUUAUUACGACAGGACGGGUGUACGGAUGAUUACAAUGUGUUUCGGCAAAACAGACACCGCCCUUUUGUCUGAGAAAAAAAUUGCUACCUUUGACGAGGUCAUUGAAAAGAAUCUUCAAAAGUAUUUGGGAGCAUUCCAAGGGCAAAAAGUAGAAUCAGCAGCGCGUGCAGUGGUGCAGGCCUGCAAGCUGGGUGAAAGCGGCAGUGUGUGGUUCUCAGGCAAGGAUAAACCGGUGAAAGAUGUUACCGAUUUUGUUAAGGAAGCCUACGGAAUCAUGACGAAAGGUGCCGAUAUGAUGUAG